AUGACUGAUUUUGAUAUUUUACAGCUUACGAAUGAACUUAAAUGCUUCAGUUUCUGUAUAAAGAAUGAAAUUGAUGUUCAAGAUGUAAAACCAGCAAUUGUGAAAUUGUACGAUUAUUAUCAACCUGAACUCGAAGUGACAGAAGAAUAUGUUAUCCCUUCUGGUUGUGACGCUCCUAACUUACCAGAGCUGUUAACGAGUACUCUUGCCGACGAACUCUUGUCUACAUUUCACGGUUUGGAUGAGCCCUCGUCUACGCAGGAUAUAGCGACUCUUGCAAGUGAAUCCUAUACCAAUGUAACAAACGUUCACAAGAAUUCUACGGUCAUACCGGAAGUCCUCCAAAUUUUAGAUGGAAGUCAACAAAACAAAAGCCAUGCAGAAGAUAUAUCUGAUGAUGAUAUAUCUACAAUCAAUGCUUUUCAAACAUUAGAAAACAACAGCCCAGUUGAUUAUGUGAAUUUAACGCAUGGAUCGCAUUUUCCAGUUCUUAGUGAGGGAAAUUUAUCCGUUUCAAUACUACCGCCAGCACAAGAUUUUUCAGAAUUAAAUGAUGAAGCAGGUGUUUUGGAUUGCCCUAUUUGCAUGGCUACACUUCCUGAGAAUUUCAUAGAUAUAUAUUGCACUUCCGCAUUUGCUUUAAUAGCAAGUAUAAGAUCUGGCAAUGCAAAGGCAGUAAAGAUAUUGCAUGAUGUUAGUUCUUAUAUGCAACAUCCACAAAUGAUUCAAAAACUUGCAGAAGUUAAAUGGGAUGAGAGAUGUUCUUGCCCACAGUUAACUACAGGGGAAAAUACAAUAAUAAUAAUAGGAUCACCGGUUACAUUAUGGAGCUCAGAAGAAACGAAGCAUUGCAUUCAUCUCACAAGACAAGUAUAUGUUAUAUCAUCAUCUGUAAUAACUCAACCAGAAGUACUGAUGCAGACUCGCAGAUCUUGUGACGGAAAUCCAUAGUCUUCAAUCAGUUGACAAUCCAAUGCCUCUGUUAUAUAUAUAUAUAUAAUAUUAAACUUAGCCUAACCAUGAAUAUCA